AUGAAGACCAAAAUGCUUGAGGCAGUCAAUAGGAAGAUAUUUGUUGCAUCGAAGACUAUUCUGGACCAGAAGAAUGACACGAAGAUCACUGAUCCCGAAUUCACGACUAUUAACAAAGAGUUUAUGGAACAACAGAAGUCAUUUCAUGUUCUUAUUAUGUCACUGUAUACCCAUUUACAACAUUGUAGAUCGGCGCCACAGACUUUGGUCGAUAUCAGUAAUGCGAUGCUGAAAUUUGUCGACCCAGAAAACGAUAUCUUUAAUUAUGUGUUACAGUUCAAAACUGCAUGCCAGAUACGUCAAAUGUCCGAGGAAGAGUACACUAACAGUUACGAAAUAUUGUACUCGAAUGCGCACUCUUGCGUCACACAAUAUCUAGAACUCGAGGAACGGAAGAAAGUGCUUUCGGACCGGUUCAUCGACUACAACUUGGCGAAGACUCGAGUAUUAGAAAUGAAGAAGAAGAAGAAUCCAAAAGGUCUUGAAGACCUCAUUAACAAAGAGACUGUUGCGCAAAUGAAAUAUAAUUUACUUAAAGAGGAAUUAAUCAAAGAUAUGUGUUUGAUGGUCAAUAUGGUAGUGAAGUACAGAGGAACGAUGUUUCGAGCUAUUGUCGAACUUGAAUUAAAACGUCGCGAUGGAGUUAAUGAGGCACUUUAUUCAGUAAAGAAGCUUGGAGGAGAGAAUGGAGCGAUCCCCGAGUUUGUCAUCACUGAUGCGAGCAAUUCCUUUGUGAACGACAAAAAGUGCUUUGACAACUUUGAGAGGAACGAACAGCACAACGAACAAAUUGUGAAGCAAAAGGAGAAGACGGAGAAGUUGGCGAAGGAAAAGGAACGCGUCGAAAACAUCAAGAAAAAUCCCCCGACAAAAACAAUACCCCGCGUCUCAUCAAAUCAAAUGUUAAUGUCAGAGGAGAUGAAACUGAAAAAUGAAAUUAUUAAAGGCAUUCAGAAAGAAAUUAAGACGGAGAGUGAGAGUAAAAAUAAGGCGGACUUGAAAUCAAAAGAAAAGGUGUCUUAUCAAGUUUUUGAGGAGACAAAGAAGGAGAACAAAACUAUAACACAAAAUGAAGUGAAAAAAGAAGUGAACGAAAACCCAUUUGAAAAAUUGGAGAGGAAAACAGCCGAAGAAAUUCAAAGUGAUACAAAAGAAGAAAAAAACAAUGAAGUUUUGCAAGAACAAAUUGAACCGAAAGUUGAGAAGAAAGAGGAGGUGUUAUUAAUUAAAGAAAAUAAGAAAAAUGAAGAGGCGCCAAAAGAAGUAAAUUUGGCACAUGUCGCAAUGCCCAAUGAAUUAUCACUGGAAAAUCAACAAACCGUAUUGAACGAACCUUCAAAUGAAAAAUCACAAGAAGAAACUCAACCGAUUGAAAAGAAACAAGAACUUCCUGUUGAAAUAGAUGAAGAACGAGUCGAAGCUCAAGUUGAAGUCCAAGAAGAAGUCAAGUCUGAAGAUACGAAGAUUGAUAAGGAAGCAGAAGAGAUCAAAAGUGAACCAAAAACUAUACCAACACCAACAAAACCUAUCAUUAAAAUGAGAGCACUGUAUGACUAUGAAGCUACUGAUGAUACAGAACUGUCGCUGAAUGAAGGAGAUAUCAUCGAUAUAUAUGACAACUCGGGGGAUUGGUGGCUUGCUGAACUGAAUGGGAAGCGUGGAUUAGUUCCCGCGAACUUCAUUGAUUACGUGAAGUGA